UUUGUGCUCUCUCCGAAGCCCCCAAACUUACAGUGAAUUAACCAUUUAGCCCCUUACUCUGAUUCGCUCUAGAUUUUCUCUCUAUCCGCUUCCCCCCAUCUCUCUCUCUCUCUCUCUCUCAAAUCGGCGCAUCCCAAAUCGAUACAUACAUGUAGUAUCAUAUGCAUAUUCAGGCUUCAGAUGUUUGAAUGUAUAUGUUGUGUUGAAGCACUAGGGUUUUGAGUAUCAAUCUCACUCGAUCUGUACGAAUUGAGAUUUGGAUGCGGAUAACGUCAACUGAGCCUUUAGAGUGAGGGUUUAAAUUGCGAAGCUUAGGGUUUUUGGAUUGUUGCGGUUCAUUUCCUACCGGAGGCUGUAUCGAUCUGUUGCUGGAUGGAUUCGUCGGGUUCCUCUUCCUCAAUGGCGAUGUCGAAUAACCGAGAAGCCCCUUCCUCGUCUGCAGCCCUGGCGGCAACUGCGGAAGACGAGGUUGCACUCUCUGUCGCCUCCGGACUUGCCAAGGAGGCCGCCUUGCUUUUCCAGUCGGGGAAAUUUAAGGAUUGCAUUAGAGUUUUGAAUCAGCUCUUGCUGAACAAAGAAGGCGAUCCGAAGGUUCUUCAUAACAUAGUCAUUGCGGAGAACUCUCAAGAUGGGUGUUCAAAUCCUAAGAGACUUAUUGAAGAACUUAAUAAUUUUAAGAAGCAAAAUGAACAUGUUGUUGGUCCAUCUGGGGACCGUGCUGAGGUUACUGGCAAUGUUGGUAUUAAAACUGUGGCUGGAAUUAAAGGAACUAAUAGCUCAGCAAACCCGGAUUCUAGCCUACAUAGUUCUCAGGCUGUUUACACUGAUGAAUUUGACUCCUCAGUUGCAAUGUACAACCUAGCAGUUUCUUGGUUUCAUCUGCAUGAGUAUGCAAAAUCAUUCUCUAUUCUGGAAGCAUUGUUUCAGAAUAUUGAACCAAUAGAUGAGGAUACUGCAAAACAUAUUUGUCUUUUGUUAUUGGAUGUUGCACUACUUUCCCAGAAUGCAAGAAGAUCUAUGGAUGUGAUUGGCUAUGUGGAGAAGGUCUUUUGUAAUAAUAGUUUGAUGAAUCAAGCUGCCAGUGGGAACUCAACACAACAACCUGCUUCAACCAUUGUGGCAAAAUCUGUUUCGGUCUCCAACAAUUCAACUGUUCCUGAUGCACCUGCUUCUGAUUCUGCAGUUACAGCAAUUAACUCUGAAGGUUCUUUAGCUAGAUCCUUAUCUGAAGAGCGUCUUGAAGAUGAUACAUUGCAUUUGAUAUCAUCAAUUGAGAUGAGUGGGCAGAACCCACCAAGACAACCUGGUAUACAACCUUCAAGUGAUCUUCUAAAGAACCAAGCUGAUGAGUCCAUCUCAACAAAUGAUAUGAGAAUUAAGCUGCACCUUUGCAAGGUUCGCUUUCUUCUCCUUACUAGAAAUGUCAAGGCUGCAAAACGUGAAGUUAAGAUGGCCAUGAACAUGGCACGUGGCAAAGAUUAUUCUAUGGCACUUUAUUUGAAGUCCCAGCUGGAAUAUGCUCGUGGAAAUCAUCAAAAAGCAGUCAGAUUGUUGAUGGCUUCAAGUAAUCGGACAGAAAUGGGGAUUUCUAGCAUAUAUUAUAACAACCUUGGUUGCAUCUAUUAUCGACUUGGCAAGUAUCACUCGUCUGCUGUAUUCUUUUCAAAGGCUCUGAGUAGUAGCUCACCUCUACGAAAGGAGAAGCCUCUGAAGCUCUCAAACAUCUCUCAAGAUAAGUCUUUCUUGAUAGUAUAUAACUGUGGUAUGCAGUACUUGGCUUGUGGGAAGCCACUACAGGCAGCAUGCUGUUUUUACAAGGCUAGACAUGUAUUCUCUAACAGUCCUCUUUUAUGGCUGCGAAUUGCUGAAUGUUGUCUAAUGGCUCUUGAAAAGGGACUCCUGAAGUCUACCACAUCUGUUUCUUCUGACAAAUCUGGAUUUGAAGUCCAUGUGAUUGGAAAGGGAAAAUGGAGGCAACUUGUUAUAGAUGAUGGGCUAUCAAGAAUUGGACAGGGUAAUUCCAUAGGUGGGGAAGAUUUCGCACUUGGUGAUGGACAACCUAAUCUCUCUAUGAUUGUUGCUCGGCAGUGCCUUUUAAAUGCUUUGGUUUUGUUGAGCCGUUCUGAGUCGAAAGAUGGUGUGACUAGAUUGCCCAAUGCUGUUGUGACAGAGGAAAAUGAAUCAAGAGAAGCUGUAUUAUCUAAGACUACAAAUUACAAAAACGCAUCAGGCAGUGAUACUAAGGCAUCUAAUGCAGCAAUGUCAGGUCAGAUUAAUGCAAAUGGGGAACUGAAAGAGCAGAAGGGUGGAAAUAAUCAGAAUGCCUCCCUCCUGAGCUCCAUUUCAGAUUAUGAAGAUAUUUGUAGAAAAGAAAAUCAGAUGCUCGAGCAAGCUCUUUUGGCAGAUCUGGCUUAUGUACAUCUUGAACUGGGGGAUCCAUUGAGGGCUCUAUCAACAGCAAGAUCUCUACUGAAACUCAUUGAAUGUUCCAAGAUAUAUACCUUCUUGGGUAAUGUCUAUGCAGCUGAGGCUCUAUGCUUGCUUAGCCGGCCAAAGGAGGCUGCAGAACAUUUGUCAAUGUAUCUUUCUGGGGGCAAGGGUGUUGAUCAGCCAUUUAGUCAGGAGGAUGUGGAAGCAUGGAGAGUGGAGAAGAUAGUGGAUUCAGAGGAGUCAAAUGGUGGCUCAACAACUAUGAACGAAUCUCAAGGUUUUGUGUUCCUUAAACCAGAAGAGGCUCGAGGUAUUCUGUUUGCCAACUUGGCUGCCAUGUCUGCAGUUCAGGGGGAUUUUGAGCAGGCGCAAGCGUAUGCAGCAGCUGCAGUGUCAAUCAUACCUAGGAGUACCAAAGCUAUGCUCACUGCAAUUUAUGUUGACCUUUUGCAAGGGAAGACAAAAGAAGCUGUUGGCAAGUUAAGACAAUGUAGUUCUGUUAGAUUCAUUCCCAACAGCCUACCCACAAAUGGUUCUUUAUGAUGAUGAUUGUAUUGGUAGUUUUCACUGGUUGUGUCAAGCCCACCCUUCUUCACAUCAGGUUAGAAGGUAGUCUGACAAUCCUCCCUAUAUAGGUGAUUUGUACCAUAUAUAGUUCAUCCCGGGAAUAAGUUUUCAUUUGUAACUUUUCAAUUUUACAUAUUCAGUUGUAGGUUUAUUUUGGUUGGGGGUGAGGGGGGGAGUGGGUGCAGAGAUUAUUUUGGCUGUUGCAGAUGCCACCACCUAUAAGAGAUUUGAGAUCUGUAGUUUUUGUUUUAGAGAGCUGUGUUUUCUAGAGUCUAAUUUUAGUUUCCCGUUCCAACUUCCAAAGGUAUAGAGUUGUGCUCUCAAGAAGAUGAAUUAAAGAAAUUUUAAUCCUUUACAUUCUCAGUAAAAUCAUGAUUGAUUUA